AUGUCCCUGGAUAUAUCUGGACAUGCAAUUUGUGACCUCGAUGGUAUGCGAGAGCAGAAGGAGUCCUCCGGGCUUCACUUCGUGCUGUUUGGCUCGUUGCUGCUGACAAUCCUCUACUUCUUCAUGAAGCGCCUCGGGCCGUAUCUGAUCUACCUGCUGCUGUUCCUCUUCGCCUCUGGGGCGGUGUCCACAACGUGCGUGCUCCUCGAGCCCGCCUUUGCCUCCUGCUUCCCAGCGUUGCGGGCGAAGAAGGCCUGCUCACUGCCAGACGUGGUAGUGAAUGUGCUUGGAGUCGAGAAGGAGCAGACGUGGACGGAGGUUAUGUCCGAAGCGGUUGGUGUUGUUCCACGCUCGGGCAUCCUUGCUUUAGUUAAGCUAGCCGAAGCUGGCGAACCUGAGCUAUUCAAUUCAGACAUUAUUGCCAUUAUGUUCCUGCUCACCUUGCAGCGCACUGUGCGGCUGCCGAACCUGAAGGUGGGGACGCUGCUACUCAUUUGUACUUUUUUCUUCGAUAUCUUCUGGGUGUUCAUCUCGCCCGUGAUUUUCAAGAAGUCCGUGAUGAUCGAGGUGGCGACAGGAGGUGGUACCGGGCAAAGCGUGCCCAUGGUGCUGAAAAUCCCUGCGCUCGACGGUGAGCUGCCAGGGCAGUUCAAGAUCUUGGGCCUUGGUGACAUCGCCAUCCCGGGGCUCCUGAUUUCGCUGCUGCUGCGGCAUGACCUGGUGAAGCGCCACCGCCGAUGUGCUGGGUACUUUCUUGCUGGCGUCAUUGGCUAUGGUGUCGGCUUGCUAGCGACUUUCGUGUCCUUGUAUUUGAUGCAGCACGGCCAGCCAGCCCUCCUCUUCUUGGGCGAGCUGAAGGAUCUGUGGGCAGCCAAUUACGGCCCCGAACCGUUGGAAGGCGAUGUGGAGAAACAAUCCUGA